AGAAUAAUAUAGGACAGUGAAUGACUGUGUGGCAAAACGAUUCAUAAAGAGUUUUAAGCAGUCGUCGGAACUUUCUUUUAGUAACAUUUUGUUAAUUGAUUUUUCGCCAAAGUCUUAUGUCAAACGAACCAACUGUCGAACGGCAUCCGCCAGUUGGAACUCAAUAGUGUUACAAUUAGCAAACGUGUGUGUUUGACUAGACAUAUCAUCGCCAAAUAUUUCGGUCUUUUUCAGCAUCAAUCGUUGAAGUGAAAUAAGAAAGGAAAACAUAUCAUCGAUUUCAGACCGUUCUGAGAGGAUUUUCGUAGCGUUAAGACUUAGAAGUAUUAUGUUGGCAAAUUCUUCGUCGUGUGGUGUUGAGCGUGACCUACAAGGAAGUGAAGUUGUGUAUCAUUUUUGUGUUGAAGUGUAGGAUUCUUUCGUGUAUCAUUGUGCCAUUAUGGUCUCAACACGGCAAAUGACUGGUGGUUCAUCCGACGAAUGCGGCCUGCACUCCUUUCGCGUCACGUCGAAUGCAUCAUCUCUGGCAAUAUCGGGUUCAAAUACAACCGCAUCAUCUUCAAAUAUGGCGAUCACGAGUUGUGGAAAAGUUUCCUCUUUUGGUCUGCAUGGAUUAGCUUCGUCCAGUUCUAACAACAAUUCAGUCAUCACAUUGAUACAGGAUAUUCCGUCGCCGGAGAUGCACCAGACCAUGCGUCAACUACAGCAUCGUCCUAAACAAGAGAUUAAUUUGAUGGAUCUACCAGCAGAACUUUUGGGACAUAUAUUUUCAUUCGUGGGCUUCAAAAAAAUUGCCCAAAUGCGAGUGAUAUCUCAUCAAAUGAACCAUGUGUGCAGUUCGAUAUUGAAUUCCACGUUUCAAAAGCUGCAGAAUCAAAUGCAUAAUCGAUUUCAUACAGUGAAAGCGAAAAUGCCUCGCAGGGAAUCUGCGCGAAGAAAUCAUCCCCUGGCAUGUGAAUGCGACAUCUUAGAGACAUGUUAUAUGCGUCUUUCUUUACUGCAAAUGACAUUCGGGAAGCAUAUUGAAAGAAAACACUGUUGUUUUUUCCCUGGCGCAAUUUUGGAUGAGGUGUAUUCCGUAUUACGUUAUAUAAGGACAUCACCUUCUCUGGAUCGGCCUUUUAAGGUUACUGAUGAACUAUUUGACCUAUCUACGAUGGCGAUGGAAUAUUUCAAAGAACACAUAGAACCUAAUUUACCUGAUAUUGCAUAUUUCACCAACAGUACAAAAUCAUUCGCUGUCUUGGAGCCUUCUUCGUCGAUAAUGUCACGAGACACAUCACACUCGAAUUCAUCGUCACCACCACAGAGCAAUAUGGUUCUCCGGAAAGGCAUACGUAAAAUAAAGCAGGGUAUGAAACGCUACAAUAAUCAGCUAACCGUGUUACGCAGCGAAUUGCGUACCUGCAGACGAAAGGCAACAGAGCAAGCCAAAAUGAUAACAGAACAGCAAAAAUUGCUGGCAGAACAACAGAAACAAACUUUAGAGUUUGCUAAUCGGCUCGAUGAAACGGAUAAGAAGAACGAGGAGUUGUCACGAAAGUUCUCUACAGUUUUACAAGAACUAAACAAAUGCAAAACGGAACUACAAUAUUGGCGAUCAAAUAGCCCUGCAAACACGAUCUCCAGAACGUCUCAGCAAACGGUGUGUCCAGAAGAAUUGGACAUAUUUGUUAAGCCAAGAAAUUCUUUUAAUGAUGUUGAUCCACUUAAGUUAGAAAUGGAAAAAAGUUGCCCUCUGGUAGGAACCAACAUGUAUAAUUUCAGUGCAAAAGAAGAAAAAUAUGAGGAAGAAGAUAAAAAAGAACAAAGCAUCGAUCAGGCAAAAAGUCAACGAUUGCAUUCAUCGGUGCCAAACGCGAAGGCUACAGUAACAGUGUUGGCGAAUAAUCCAACCGAAACUAUUCCAUGUUCCUCGAUAAUCGUAAAAACUGGACAAAAGAGAAAAUUAGGCUGCUGUUCAAUAUCCAACACCUUACGCUGUAGUGACGAUGCUGUGAUGUUCUGUCAUAGCGAUGAUAAUGAAACGGUUCCAUUGGAUACUUCAAAAUGUCUAAAUCCACAAUUUGCUUCAGCAGCACUGACGGCGUCUUAUUCAUCGACUGCUUGUACAAUGCCAUCUUUUAAUAAGGGAAUUCAAUCGUCGGUAAACAAAAUCGAUACGCCACAGGAGUUUAGAAAAGAAGACCCAGAAAUGGUUGAUGCUCUCGGCAAAAGUGUGACUGUUGAAAAUGGGACUAGUGAACUUGAGGAAAUAGCAGCCGAUGAAUGUGAAUCAACACUAAAUUUAAGAAAUACUGAAGCAAUCGGGCACGAAUCGAUCGUUAUUGGUCCAUCAACACAAGAUCCUGUUAGUGCAGCAUCAAAUGAUCUUUUACAUAAUAAUGCUAGAGCAAAUUUGAGUAGUCAUAAGACUAGUAUCAUUACUGCUGAUAAUAUUUAUCAUAACAAAAAACUACGAAGAGUACAAAACAAAGCUAGAUCACCAAGUAAUAAACAUAUUAAACAUAACGCAAAAGCCACUAGAAGUAAACAAACGGACAAGUAAAAACUGCGUGGAAAGCAAUGUAUAGAAUCUUUCCAAUACAAAUUUAUCAUACCUUUGCAUUUUAGCUUCGUUAUCUUAUCAAAAAAGGCUUAAAGCAAGAAUUGCACAUGCUCGCACGACAUUUUAUAUAACUUAAACAUUAAAUAAUUGACCAAUAAAGCGUUACGAUUUUUUAAAAUUUCA